CAUAGCUCUGCGGCUCCAAUCGUGCCUGCAGAGCGAGCAGGGACCAAUUCGGACAUGUUGAGGCGAUUGGCAACGACGCCGCUGCGGCGUGCCAUCGUUGCUCCGCGAUUGGGUUCCAGGCCCCUCAGCAGUGCGGUUUCAGCGGCGACGCAGCGCUUCCUCGACGACGCUGGGUGCGCGGUACCGGUCAUAAAGGGCCCCAUGUAUCCAGGGAGCAACCCGGAAUUGGUCGCGGCAGUGAGCGCUGCCGGCGGCUUGGGCGUCGUGCAGCCAAUCUCGCUCACGCACCUCUACGGUCAUGAUUUUCGUGAAGGGUUACAACUGAUCAAGCGCCUCACGGACAAGCCGUUUGGCGUGAACUUCACUAUCCUCGAAAAUAAGAAGUACAAAAAACAAAUGGACGAGUGGAUGCACGUCGCCGCCGACGAAGGAGUAAAGUUUUUCCUGACCUCGCUGGGCAAGCCGGACCGCAUCGUCGCGUUCGCGAAACCAAGGGGCAUCAAGAUUUACCACGACGUUCACACACCUAGAGUCGCGGAGAAGGUCGCUGCAAGUGGCGUGGACGGUCUGAUAUGCUUAAAUGAUGCGAUGGGUGGGCAGACAGGUAAUAGAUCAGCGGAGAUGUUCGCCGAACAGUUGCGAGGCAUCGGUCUGCCCCUGAUCCAGGCGGGCGCCGUGGCCGACGGAGCUGACCUGCGACGAGCGCUCGACCUGGGCUACGCGGGGGCGAGCGUCGGCACGCGCUUCCUGGCGACGCACGAAGCGCAAGUAACCCAAUCCUACAAGGACGCCAUCGUCGCUGCGACGGGUGACGACAUCGUCUGGACGAACAAGCUGGCGGGGACGAACUCUUCGGUCAUAAAGACGGACCAGCUCGCGGCCGGCGGGCUGCGCGUGAACGCGUUGGUCGCCUGGCUCCUCCGCAAUAGGUACACGAAGACGCUCACGCGGACGUUGAUGUCGCCCCGGCGUGUGAAUCCACGCCAUCGACGCGACGAUGGCGUGGCAAGACCGCUCAUUUCACGCAGGCUCAAGCAGGCCAUGGAAACCUACAAGAAGGCUGCGUUCGACGACCAGGUAGAAAUCUGG